AUGAAUUGCAUAACCUCAAGACCUCAAGUCCUAAGACCACGCACAGAUAGCAUGAUGAAUAUUCAGCCGAUCUCCUCUUGUAUCAAUAAAACCUUCCGUAAAUUUUCCUUUGACAACGAUACUCGUGAUGCAAGAAAUGUUAUCAAUCCAUCAAAAUUCAAGCAAAGACCUAUAGACUCAAAUAAAGAAAAUUUUUGCUCAGAAAAUCAGGCAACACCCAAGGAAUCAUUCCAAACAAGAAAUCAAAAACUAAAGAGGCCAAUGAGAAAAGGAUUAAAAAAAUACUUACCAAAACAAGAGCAACCUGCAAUUUCCAUCAAAAAUUCGUUUUAUGAGAUAUUAGACCAAGUAGAGACAGAGCUUGAUAGGAUGGAAGAUCUAUGGAAUAGCGUAACGAUUCCUCACGAUUUUUUUUCAGAUGAGGAAAAUAUUAUUUAA